UUUUGCUCAGUCUUUGAUUUCUCAAACACACACACACACACACACUACGCAAUGUCCACCAGCGAUCGCCUUGCUCUGCUCAGCGUCUCUGACAAGACCGGCCUCAUCGAGUUUGCCACCAAGCUCAACGCAGUCGGAUACAAGCUCGUCGCUUCGGGCGGCACGGCCACUGCCAUCCGCAACGCUGGCCUCCCCGUUCGUGAUGUCGCUGAAAUCACCGGCGCACCUGAAAUGCUUGGCGGCCGUGUCAAGACCCUCCACCCCGCCGUGCACGGCGGCAUCCUUGCCCAGAGCAACGCAUCGGACGACAAGGACAUGAAGGAGCGUGGCUAUGCCCACAUUGACGUUGUUGUCGCCAACCUCUACCCCUUCGAGGCAACCAUCGCCAAGCCCGAUGUCACGCUUGCUGACGCCGUCGAGAAUGUCGACAUUGGUGGUGUCACCCUGCUGCGUGCGGCUGCCAAGAACCACGCCCGUGUCACGAUUGUCUGCGAUCCCAAGGACUACGAGGCUGUUGCCGAAUCGCUUGCCAGCGCCAACGCCGCCCCUUCCCUCGAGCUGCGUCAGAAGCUCGCCGUCAAGGCCUUCAACCACACUGCUCUCUACGACGAGGCCAUUUCCAACUACCUCCGCCAGCAGUUCACUGGCAAGGGCGAGCAGCAGCUCACGCUUCGCUACGGCAUGAACCCCCAGCAAAAGCCCGCCCAGGUGUUCAACAAGCACGGCAACCUCCCCUUCUCGGUCGUCAACGGCUCCCCCGGCUUCAUCAACCUGCUUGAUGCGCUGAACGCGUGGCAACUCGUCAAGGAGCUCAAGAUCGCCACCGGCCUGCCCGCCGCGGCCUCCUUCAAGCACGUCAGCCCCGCUGGCGCGGCCGUCUACUCGCCCCUGUCGGCAACUGACGCCCAGCUCUGCAUGGUUGACGACAUGAGCGAUCUUAGCCAGCUUGCUGUUGCCUACGCCCGUGCUCGCGGCGCCGACCGCAUGUCGUCGUUCGGCGACUUUGUCGCCCUUUCGGACGUCUGCGACAAGUCCACCGCCUCCAUCAUUAGCCGUGAGGUUUCCGAUGGUGUCAUUGCACCCGGCUACACCCCCGAGGCGCUUGAACUCUUGAAGAAGAAGAAGGACGGCAAGUACUGCCUGCUGCAGAUGGAUCCCGCGUACGAGCCCCCGUCGUCGGAAACCCGCCAAGUCUAUGGCCUGUCUCUUCAGCAGGGUCGCAACGCCACCCCCAUCACCAAGGACCUGUUUGCCAACGUCGUUUCCGCAAACAAGGCUCUGCCUGAGAACGCCGUCCGCGAUCUCCUUGUUGCCACCAUUGCCCUCAAGUACACCCAGUCCAACUCGGUGUGCUACGCUCGCGACGGUCAAAUCGUCGGUCUGGGCGCUGGCCAGCAGUCUCGCAUCCACUGCACCCGCCUUGCUGCCGAGAAGGCAGACAACUGGUGGCUCCGCCAGCACCCCAAGGUGCUCGGCAUGAAGUUUGCCAAGACCACCAAGCGCGCAGACCGAUCGAACGCCAUCGACGUCUACGUUCGCGGCGCCGUCGGCCAAGACAUGGAGGUUGCCGCCUUCAACCGAUGCUUUGAGGUCGCACCCGAGCUCCUCACUGCCGACGAGCGCAAGGAGUGGCUCACCAAGUUCAGCGGUGUCUCGCUCAGCUCGGACGCCUUCUUCCCCUUCCGCGACAACAUUGACCGCGCCCGUCAAUCGGGUGUCGCCUAUGUUGCCUCGCCCAGCGGCUCGGUGCAAGACGACAUUGUCAUCCAGGCUGCGAACGAGUACAACAUGGUGAUGGCUCACCACACCCUGCGUCUCUUCCACCAUUAAAGUUCCUGCAGUUCCAUCUCUCAUCUAACUUGCGGCACUACGGGAUCAUUCCAGUGCCUGCCUUGUUUGGGGGACCCUUUCGUUAUUGCUGUUAUUCUUUUCAUUUUGGGCAUCUGAUUUGUGCUUGCAUUCAAUGUCCUUGUUUUUUUUUUUAACAAAUCCAAAAUCUUUUAUACACUGUA